ACCAGUGACUCUCCGUUGUGAUCGCCUCGCUUUCAGAAACGGACGUGCUUUUGGAUUUAGCAGCCGGUGCCUCCGUUCAGAGAUGGUGUGAGGAGCUGCUACAUUACAGAUAACUGGAGUUAAUGUGAGACCAGUUAUACAGAGAUGUCAAUCCCUUCCAGUUAGCGACACCUCUACAAUGAUGGGGAUAUAAAGGAGAGUCUGCAGCUCUCCUCUCAGGGACAGUCUUCUGCAGCCCUUCUCUGGUCACAGGCCUGCCUGGCAUCUCUCAUCCAUACCAUUCCUCUUUCCAUCCACCCAUCCUUCCCCCUGUCAUGAAAGGCCUGUCCAGUAGUCGGAGUCACCAUCACGUGGUCUCCUAUGAACCAUCAUAUGAUCUACUGGGUCACCAUGUUGACCGCAAGCCAUAUUUGAUCAGUCAGAAUGACAUGCCUGUGCCCAUUCCCAUGCCGCAUCCAGCUGAGCUGUCCUACUACAAUGCUCAGCGUUCCCCGUACCCCUCUGACAGCAACAGCAUCGUACCAUACGGAACCUUCCCAAGGAGGUGCCACUCCACCUCCUCAUCUCACCAUCCUGAGGUAAAGGAUGAGUGUAUGGCCAUGGUACCAUAUGUAGGAGGAGGAGGGGGAGGAGGAGGAGGAGGUGGAGGAGGCUAUGGAGGUAAAACGCCCACCCGGGUACCAGCAAACUUUGCGGACCCGUUUGAGCGUCAGCCGUCAUUUUCCAGAGAUGGCUACCAUACACUGCAGUACAAACGAGGAGUACUGGCCCACAGUGGGGGGAUGGGGGCCAACAACAACAACAGUGACAGCCCAGGGAGAAUUCGCCACCUGGUCCAUUCGGUCCAGAAACUUUUCACCAAGUCACAUUCAUUGGAGGGGCCACACCACACACAGUCCUCCAAGGGGGCCAAUAAUGGGAGCGUUAAUGGUGGUGGUGGUGGUGGAGGAGGUGGUGGUGGUGGUUCAAGGGCCAGCCCAGAAGGUGAAACUCCACCGGUGGGAGUGCGCCACCGGAAGCGCAGCAAGAGCCGCGAGCGCUGUCGAUCAGCGGAGCCCAAGCAUCGAAGCCACCACCACCACCACCACCAGCUCCACGGCUCAGCAUCUGCUCCAGGCUCUGGAUAUUGGAGCUCAGAUGACAACCUGGAACGGGAGCUGUGUCUCUACCACCCUCACCACCACCAACCUCCACCCUCACCCUCACCCUCCAUUUCCCCCUCGCCCAUCGCCAUGACAAUGGGCCGGUACCCCGGGAACAACCACGACAAGUUCCCCCAGACUCCCCUCCCCAGUCUCUCCUCCUCGCAGUCCCAGCAUUACUUCAUGAUGGACCCUUAUGGCACACUAAACGAGCACACACACACCCACGCACACCAUGGCCACACACACCACCAUUCUGCACUCAAAGCCUCCCGGAGCAACAACGAUGUGAAGUAUGCAGCGUCGUCGGCAUGUGUGCCAGUUAGUGGUAGCAGCAAUAACAGCGGUGGCGGUAUCGUUGGAGGAAGUGGCCCCUUGAUGCCAAUGGGUCUUGUGGACGGGCCCAUUGUGAAGAAAGGGGCAUGGUCAUCAAGCCUAACGGUGAGCAGGGCCCGAGAGGUCUACACCAACAACAGCAGCCACAACCAGCUACGAGCCAGCGCAGGAUCCGGUAACCUAAACCUAGAUAGAGCUCUAGUCAAAUCUAAGGGCAGUCAGCAGCAGGAGCGCUCUUGCCAUUUCUUACAGGUACCUCAGGAUGAGUGGGGCGGCUUCUCUCCGCUGGGGAAGGAGGACGACAUCCCCUGUCGGAGGAUGAGGAGUGGAAGCUAUGUCAAAGCUAUGGCUGAGGACGACAGCGGCGACUCUGAUGGGAGUCCCAAACCGUCUCCCAAAGUUCAGGCACGCAGGGCCAGCUACCUGAAAGCCACACAGCCAUCACUGACUGAGAUGACCACUCUACAGAUUUCGACGGAGCACUCCCCCAAACUGCAGAUCAGGAGCCACAGUUACCUUCGUGCGGUGAGUGAGGUUUCAAUCAAUAGAAGCCUGGAUACCCUGGACCCCAAAACCCUCCUCGACCCCAAAUCGCUGCUGUCCUCACCCCAAUAUCGCUCACGCAAUGAAAGCUACAUGAGGGCCAUGAGCACCAUCAGUCAGCUGAGUGAGGUGGAGGUGAACGGGCAGAUUGAACAGGUGUGUGAACAAGUCUACAGUGAGAUGCAGGCCCAGGCCAUGGAGGCUGCCAUGGACAGCAUGGACACCAUGGACACCCUGCCUAUGCCAGGAUGCUUUCGGAUGCGAAGCCACAGCUAUGUCCGGGCAAUUGACCAGGGCUGUGCAGGGGAGGAGGAAGGAGAGGGAGGGAGACCACUGCUCUUGCUGCCAUCCUCCCCACCACGCACAUCUGCCACCACCGUCAGGACCAUCCAGAGCAGCACAGUUUCAUCUUGCAUCACCACCUAUAAGAAAACACCUCCACCAGUGCCGCCCCGAACUUCCACCUGCUCCACAGCCUCCAAGCCCUACAUCUCAAUCACAGCCCAGAGCAGCACAGAGUCUGCCCAGGAUGCAUACAUGGAAGAGGAGGGACCCAGAGGUGACAUGACCAUCCAAUCAGGGCUCAGUAACUCAACAGAGAGCAUUGACAGCAUGAAGGCCCUGACAGCUGCCAUAGAAGCUGCUAAUGCACAGGUCCAUGGACCCGCCAGUCAGCAUGUCAGUAACAGCACCAUGACAGUCAGCCCCCCCACUCCAUCGGUCCUAAGCAGGGGGCAAGUUGUUGAAGACCACCGGGAUAUAUACAGGAAAGAAGCACUCAGGAAGGGAAAAUGUCUCUCCAUAGGCAUCCAGGUGGAUGGCCCGGAGGAGAUUCCGGACCCAGAGGACCCAUCUAAGUUCACCUCUGUAGGGGUGCAAGUAGAGGAUGACAGAGGGUAUCGCCGGUUCCAGCGCUCCAACAGUGUGACAGCAGCUGUACAGGCAGAUCUGGACAUGCCGGACCUGCUUGACACCCCACUAGAUUCCCCAGACACUGACAUGGAAGUCCUGUCAUCUGGUGCCAUCUCUCGACAAUACUCCCGCGAUGCUGCCACCUCUACCGUCAGCAUCCAGGGCUCAGGGAAUCACUACCACGCCUGUGCCUCCGAUGACUAUGAUGAUGUGGGCUUUGACCCGUCCAUCCUUCCCCCACCAGACCCCUGGAUAGACAGUGUAACAGAUGACUCACUUGAUGUCAACUUCAACAGCUCUGCUAUUCUGGAGGUGGUGCAGCGGUCGGUGUGUCACAGAGAUGGACGCUGGUUUCUGAAGCUGCUGCAGGCAGAGACAGACCGCAUGGAGGGCUGGUGUCUACAGAUGGAGCUCGACCAGCGGGAGAAUGACCUGCCUGAAGAUAUCCUCGGGAAGAUGAGGAGUGCUGUGGGAAGUGCUCAGCUACUGAUGUCCCAGAAGUUUCAGCAGUUCAGGGAGCUGUGUGAGGAGAAUCUGAACCCCAAAGCCCACCCUCGUCCUGUGGCCUCAGACCUGGCUGGUUUUUGGGAUAUGCUUCAGCUGUCAAUCGAGAAUAUCAGCCUCAAGUUUGAUGAGCUCCACCAGCUCAGAGCCAACAACUGGAGACCCCUGGAUCCCCCUGAAAGAAAGGAGAGGCGGCUUCCACCUCCAGUGCCAAAAAGGCCACCCAAGGGCCCCCACCACCACCCCCCUCUGGCCAGAGACCGCUCACUGGAGAGCUCAGAGAAGCAGCGGCAGGAGGCCAGGAAGCGCCUGAUGGCCGCCAAGAGAGCCGCUUCCGUACGGCAAAACUCAGCUACGGAGAGCGCUGACAGCAUCGAGAUUUAUAUCCCUGAGGCUCAGACAAGGCUAUGAGGACACUACCAGGGAUACACACAGGGUUGACAUGCAGAAUACACACAAACACAGCAUACACAAACACAAAUGUAUGGUUGUCCACACCAAGGUUAUAGGGGUGUAACCAAAUCUGAAUACUGAAUUAAGAUAUGCACAGAUCCUGCAGUCUGAACAGAUACGAAUAACGUACAUUUGUGCAGUAAUAUUCUUCUGAGUCAUAACACAGAUACAUUAAACACAACUUGCUGUAAUCAGCUGAAUUCACUCUUUACAGUGCUGUCCAUAUCGCUGACAUUAAAGAAGGCGCUUCUUAUAACUUCACCAGAUCUUGUCUCGUAAUGAUCAGAUUCACUCUUUUUUUUCAGAAUCAUAUCAUCACUUCUGACCAGAUUAGUUGUGCAGUGCAGAAUUAAGUCUGAGUGAUGUACCACAGGUGUUUACCUCGUAAUCACAUAUUGAUGCCCACUGUGUGUGCUAACGGGCUGAGGGAGCUUAGAUAUAUAUAUGAGGAGUAUAAAUAGCACUAAAAAGUAUUUAAUGCUAAAAAUGAAGCAGACUAGAAAAUUCCUAGCAGCUUCUGAUAUAAACCAGAUACAGAUACAAAUACAGAUAUGUGACACAGAUAGGGCAGCUCCCUAAACAUCAGGGCUGCUGAAGAAAAAACAUCUGAAUAGUGUUGAGUUAAAAACAAAUGACAUUUAUAGGCUAUAUAACAAAAAGUCUAAACUAUAAGUGCAUGACAAAUUAAAAUGUCAGUGUCAGCCCCUCCCCAGAUAUGGACAUUGGCUUUGCGUUACAUCCCUAGCAACCAAUGUACAUUUGACUUUCCAAGACACACAAGACCCAAUAUACUGUACCCUUCAGCAUCAGUCAACUGUGUCUCCUAGAAAUUACGUCUGUAUAUUACUAAAUUGCAUUCAUAGUAACAGCCUGGAUUAUGUUCACAGAUAAUGUUACUCUUAACUACAGUUAUGUACUUUGCUGGUUUUGCAGGGAAUUGGUUGGGGUGGAUGGUGGACAUACAAAGUGCAGGACUAUGACUCAAGAUUUGUGUCCAGAAUCCUGUUAGUGGUUUGGUUUAGGCAACAAAAACACUUUAGUUAAGGUUAGGGAAAAAUGGUGAUUUUUAGUUUAAUGUUAAUAAAAAGUUAAUAAAAGUAAUAAUUAUUUAGUCACUAUGAGUGGAUAAUGUAUUGCAUGACUGCCUAUUUUGGUGGAAAACAAAUAAAAUAUGUUGUCAGAGAACAUUUUGCUGAUGCGUUCACUGUCAACACUUCUGCAGCUAGAAUUUUGCAAUAGAAAAUGGAAUUUGCUCAUAAUUAUAUUUCCCUAAAAAAACAUAUUCGCUGUUUCAGAUUAGUUGUAUGUAAACAUAAUUUGUAGGAGACAGGUCUGCAUCAGUUGGCCAUGACCUGUAGGAGCUGUCCAAACCUCUAAUAAACCAAGAUUUUACAUGUUGGACCACUGUCUUUGAUACAUGUGUCUAACUUUUACUAAUUGAGACCAGCUGUUACUUUUUAUAAAGCCACAGCUACAGUUAUGUUGCACUGUUUUUUAUAGAAAUGUGCACCCCACAAUGAGAAAAUAAUCGGAAAUCUGAGCUGAACUAAAAUACAAAUUAUUUCAUUUUUUUCUGGGAAUUUGAAGGACUUCUUCUCCAUCUGCUGAGGGGAUCAUGUGAUAUGGUCACAAGCUCUAAAACAGCUACUUAAUAGACUUUGUGCCAAGAUUUCUGUCAGCUACUUAGUUAAAGGUGUACAAUGCAGGAUUUCCUAUGAAACAAUGUAUAGACCAAUACAAAAGUAAUCCUUCUCAAUCAUUACUUAUGACCCACUCUUAGUGUGUGGCAGUGUAUUUAUCUGCAGAGACUCUGCCCUUUGCCUAAAUUUUCUUAUUUUGCUGUUGUCAAGUCUUCUUGGCGGCCUGUUUUCAUUCCCAGGUCAUCAUAUACAUAUGCUUUGUCAUGCCCCCUCGGUGUGUGACGCCAAAACUGAAGGCACCCUUCAGUGUCUCUAUGAGAUGCAUAUGAGAUGCCUCAAACUAAUUUCAAUGUAGAAGAUGCGAACAAUGGACAUGCUAUAAAUCAAGCAAACAACUCUUUGUAUAGUGGGUGGAAAGGGUGGUGGAGGGGUACCGUAUGACAAUGUUAACCAUGUGUUACAUCGUGUUUCAAAACCCCAGUCUCACUCUGAAGUCGUUGAAUACCGCCGUUUGGUCAGUGACUUCCAGCAUCAGAUUUUAUUCUGUAACGGUACCCUGCGCUGUCAGGGUGAAACGCGGCCAGGCAACAAAGUAAAUGAAAAGGGUGAAACGUGAGAGGCGUGGUAGAUGGGUCCAGCAACCACCGACCUCCACCAGGGAAGCCAGUGUUCACUUCCCGUAUGAAUGUAAAGCCAAACCCUGUUCUUUCAUCCUAAACCCAACUAACUGUUACGACCUGCGUUUGUUGUUUAAGGUAAAAAACGUAAAUUUGCGGUGUUGUACCAGCAUAGUGCAUAGGGUUGCAGCAAUAUACCAGUUUCAAGGUAUACUGUGAUUUAUAAGUUAGGAUUAUCAUACCGUGUGCAUUUUCUUAUCUAUGAUGUUGGGAAAAAAAUGCAACUGGAUGUUGAACCUCCCCUUUAUUUUAGUUAUUUUCUAAGGGGAGACUUUACAAUGCAUGUAACACGCAUAACUUCACAUGGCGUCCCAGAACAUCAACAACCAACAGAGUACUUUGCAGGUCAUAUCUCAACAUGGAAAGUCCAUGGCGAAACUUCGAUAUGUGACGAGGUCAGAGUGAGAAUGUGUUGGUUUCACACAGGUAACAGCUGUGUAUCACAUACAGACACUAGCGGCACAUUUGCACCAGAUCCAUUGACAGAGGAUGUGUUGCGGAGAGUUUGGAGACGGGGUUGCAAUGUGUUUUGUGGUCUGUGUUUGCAUGAAGUAGACUAGAUUCAAUUUCAUGCAAGUGAGUCCGUCCAGCACAGUGCAGAUGGUUUGUGAAAUUUGAACCAAGCUGUCAAACUAGGCGAUGUAGUUCUAAAAUUAAACAAGAUUCAGAAAUGGCAUUGCCCAUUUCUGAAUCUCAAAUGUUUCCAGACAUACAUUUUGGUGGAUGUUUAGAUGGAAUAACAGACCACCAUGUUAUUUCCUGUUUGAAAAGGCAAGCAAAAAAAAAAAAAAAAAAAGGACCGCCCAACUAGCACUGCGUUUAUCCAAUCAAGUGCAUUCCACAAUAGGGUACGUCCUCACUGGAGCUAGUGGAAAUUAAGUACAAAGGAUGCUUUGUGCGUCGGUAUGAGACACUGAGACGGCAUGUCAAAGCAUCAGUAUUUAAUGUCCUGGGAAUGAGUAUGGGUUGUUCCUGGGCAGAGCACACAGAUGAGUUUAGGACUUUAUGAAAAGGUAGCAGCAGGUGCCAAACCAUAAGCAGCAUGCAUCCAAGAGAAAGCUAUGAAAAUUGCAGACACAGCGCAAAAAAAACGCAAAUAGAGAGGCGAUAUGCCAAGCAGAGUGAAUGUGGGGUUGGCUUUCACUUUAGCUGGCGACACUGUUUACAAACAGGACCGGACAAUUCCUGUACAGUAUACCUUUAAUGUUGGAGGAAGACUGUGGCAGAGUGUAUUCAGCCUUUCAGGUUUGGUCAGAUCAUACAGGACUUGGUUUGACUUUUGGUAGAUGUUGAAGAUUUCGUCUGUGGGUCUUGUAAUACUACACAAACAUGUACAGAGGUGAUGGACAGUCCUACACACACACACACACACACACACACACACACAGAGUAGUAGUGUCAAAACACUUGGAUCACACAACGGUUUACACUCACACAAACUAACACAUCAGCACUCACAGGUAAU